AUGAAGCACUCUAAACUUGUUUAAGAAAAAUAUGAAAUAAUAAAUUAAAUUUCAAACGAUGCACGCACAAUAUUGUCAGUAGUUAAGUGCAUUGAUGAGUCAGAGAAAUUAUCCGAAAACAUAGUCCUUAAAGAAUGUGUCCAUUCUAUAGUAGAUAAUAAGUGUUUUUCAGCUUGCUCAUAACUUCAUAAUGAAUUUAAAAUUGCCUCUCAAUUAGAUCACCCAAAUAUUACUAGACCAAUUGAUAUCUAGCAAUAUUAUAAAGGUGGUUGUAUGAUACUUUUUCCUUAAGCUAAUUGCGAUGGCUUCGAUCUUUUUACUAAAAGUGUUCCAUAAAUAGAUAUAAUUAAAAACUACCUAAGAAGCAUGGCAUCUGCCUUGGCUUAUCUUCACAAAAUGGAUAUUGCCCACAAUGACUUUAAACUAGAAAAUGUUCUUUGCUUUAAAAAUGAAAACGGAGAAAUCGAAUUCUAGCUUUCAGACUUCGGUUUUUCUUACUCUACUUAGAAUAAGCAAGAGCAAAAUUCUAAUAGAAUAAAAGAAUGGGAUUUCAGAGCUACUUAAUACUUUUCUCCUAGUAUUUAUUCUUAAAUUAGUAAAAAAGAAUUCACUGAAAAUUGUGAAAAAUAAGGUGAUAUUUUCUCUUUAGGCUACUCCUUUUUCAUCGUGUUGUUCUAAAGAAGGCUUUCAUUAAAACACGAAUUCACAAGCGAUUCUCCCAUUUACAAAAAUAUAAUUAAAUUUGGAAAAAGUUUUAUUCAAUAAAAACUAAAAACUUCUGUCUAAAUAACUUAAGAAGAUUAUGAUUUAUGCCUAGAUCUUUUGAUUAAGAUGUUAAAAAAGGAAGAUAGUGAAAGAAUAACAGCACUCGAAAUUCUUGAACAUCCCUUCUUAAAAAAUUGA